AUGGUGGUGUGGCUGGCGGCGGCUUUGAGCUGCAGGUUCCCCAGGCUCACGAGGGGGUGGAGGAGACGCCGCGCCAGAGCCAGAGCCGAACGAUACCGACGCCCCGCGCCGCCGCUGCUACCGCUGAUCCCGCCGGGUCCGGCUCCGCGCCCGCCGCACGGUGCCCGUCAGCCGGGUCACGCCUCGCUCUACCCCGACACCCCCGCAGCGCCCGCCCCGCUCCCCGCCGCCCGUUGGCUCCGGAUCUGGGGGAGUGUGUGGUGCGGGGACACGGCGUGGCGGGUGCUUGGGUGCGACACUGCGUGCUCUGCGCGAUGCCGGCGCUCGGAGCCCCCGCGGGGCCCGGAGGGAGGGAGGGAGCAGGCGGACACCCCGGUGCCGUCCCGCCCCGCCGCCGCCCCUCGCCCGCCUCCUCCGCCCCUCUGCUUCCGGGUUGCGGCGGUACCGGGCUGUGCCCGGGGCGGCGGGGCUGUUGCCGAGCGACAGCGCCGGGGCCCGGGCCCGAGCCUGGCCGGGCUCGGCCGCUCGCCAGCGCCUCCCGCGGGCCCACGGCAACCGUGCGGCCCCGGAGCGUCUGAGCCCGGCCGGGAAACUGCCCCGGGCGGUGUAAAAACAGGUGCUGGAGCUGCGGAUGCCGGGCUGAGGUUUCCGGGAGCGGGGCUGAGCUGGUGUGUGCGGAGAAGGGCGAGAGAGCGGUUCCUUACAGUGAAAUCGUUCAUCUUAUCCCACUCGGUGAUGCGGGGAAGAACCCAGUUUACCUUUUAAAAAAUCAGCCUGAGUCCUCUUUGCAAAGCAUAUUUGAGCACUCAUAUUAGACCACCUAUUGAAGGGUUGUUGUCAUCUUUAUCUGAUUUCUUCGCUUUGCCCGGGUGAUGUGCCUUGGCAGCCCAAGCACAGUU